AUGGCUGCCGUGAAGCCUUCAGAUUCGAAGGGCUCCGCCUAUGCGGGGCCCGCCCGGCGGGGCCUGCUAGCGCUGUCAUUCGGCGCCCUUGGUGUCAUCUACGGGGAUAUAGGCACCAGCCCCCUGUACGCCUACCAAUCCGUCUUCACCGCUCCUCCCAGUCGCGAGGAAACUCUGAGCGCCGCAAGCCUCUUCUUUUGGACACUCACGCUGAUUGUACUGGUGAAGUAUGUGGGCAUAAUCCUGCGGUUUGAUGACAACGGAGAGGGCGGCACGUUCGCCCUCUACUCCCUCAUCUGCCGGGCCGCCGGCUUUGGUCCCUACGGCCCCUCCCAGCCCGUCGACAUGCACUUCCUCACCGGCGGCGCCGGCGCCCUCGCGUCGCGCCUGCCGCGCGGCGCGACGCGCGGCCAUUGGUGGAGCCUCCAGACCGGCCUGGGGGGCCGCGUGCGCGCGUGGUACCGCCGCAGCCAGGCUGGGCAGGUGGCGCUGCUCGUGGUCGUCAUGCUGGCGACGGCCAUGGUCAUCGGUGACGGCGUGCUGACGCCGUCCAUCUCGGUGCUCUCCGCCAUCAGCGGCCUCAAAGUGGCGACCGACCAGAUCACGCAGUCCACCGUGGUCGGCAUCUCCAUAGCCGUCCUGGUGCUCCUCUUCGCGGUCCAGCGCGCCGGCACAGGGAAGAUCUCGGUGGUGUUUGCGCCCGUCGUCACGGUCUGGCUGCUGUUCAACGCGUCCCUCGGAUUCUAUAACCUCUCCACUAACGGCUGGGGGAUCUGGGAGGCGAUCAACCCAGCCUACAUCUUCACAGCAUUUACGGGCCCCGGCGGCUUUGACGCUGGGUGGCGCCUGCUGGCGGGCGUCAUGCUCUGCAUCACUGGGGCCGAGGCGAUGUAUGCGGACCUCGGCCACUUCAACGCUGCAGCCGUGAUGCUGUCCUUCAGUGGCUUUGUCUACCCCUGCCUGGUGGUGACGUACAUGGGUCAAGCUGCCUACAUAAUCGGCCAUCCAGACGCCUACGAGGAUCCCUUCUGGAACAGCGUGCCACACGGCGCUUUUUGGCCCAUGUUGGUUGUCGCCACCCUCACUAGCGGUGCGCCGCGUGCCGCUUGA